GCGUAGUUUAUUCUUAGGAGAAUGUCAUGACGCAACCGGUCACUUUGGCUACAAAAAGAUGAGUGCCAAUUUAGUACAGCGAUUUUGGUGUUCUGGAAUGCUAGAGGAUGCAAAGAAGUAUGUUGAGACCUGUCAGGUUUGUCAGCGGGACAAGCCGCGAACUCAAGCACCGCUUGGGUUGCUGAAGCCUUUACCUAUUCCCGCUGGUCCGGGACAGAGUGUUUYCAUGGACUUCAUGGACACCCUGGUGACCAGUAGGAGUGGCAAGAGGCACAUCUUUGUCAUUAUAGAUCGAUUCACCAAGUGCGCUAGACUAAUUGCCAUGCCAGAGACCGCAAGGACUGAACACGUCAUUAAGUUGUUUAUGGACAACUGGGUGCGUGAUUUUGGACUACCAAAGUCAAUCAUUAAUGACAGAGAUGUCCGCUUUACAAGUGAGUUGUGGAAGAAGACUGCUGAACAGAUGGGCAGUCAACUUCAGAUGACUUCAGGGAAUCAUCCCGAAGCCAACGGACAGGCCAAGCAAAUGAACAGAGUUGUACAACACCUGCUGAGGCAUUACAUCAAGCCCAGUCAGGAUGAUUGGGAUGAGAAGUUGCCUCUCAUCGCCAGCCUGUACAACAACGCUGUACAUAGCAGUACCSGCGUUAGUCCUAAUCAGCCGCACUUGGGAUGGAAGCCUAGAUCAGCACUGGACUUCCUCCUGCCGGAAAACCGAUCCUCUGCGACUCCAGGCACACUUGAGUACGGUGUGCAGUAUGAGAAGUUGCUACAACAAGCUGUCGAGCAUAUCAAGAAAUCUCAGCAAGCAAUGAUUGCUUCUGAGAACAAACAUCGUCGGCAGUCCUCAUUUCAGGCUGUGCAAAUACCGUCUAAGUACGACGGCAAAGAAGACAUUGAAUCCUGGAUCAGCUCCAUGAGGGCUUACUUCGAGGUGCUGGGAACUCAGCCAGAGACCCAGCCAGUGAUCAUGGGAAUGAAUGUCGAGCCGGUUGUACGGGGCUUCCUAGAAGUCCAAGCUAUGAGGGUUGUGGUUCCAAAGAUUGAACUGACAAGGUGGCUUAAGGCCAUCCCGGCUGCCUCCUUCGAGGAGCUCCUCAUUGCCCAGUAUAAGGAUCCACACGCUGCAGCAAGGGCAAGAAGCCAGCUUGACAAAAUCAAACGCAACAAGUGGAAGGGCUCCAUGAAAAGCCUGCAAACCUAUCUCAGCAAGAUGUUUGCUACACCUGGUCUUGAACUGACUGACCAAUCUUGCUUGGAUGUGGUCAAGGGGGCAGUCCCCACCAGUUUUACUAAUCGCCUAGGCAGGGACUUCAUUGGGUAUACUGACUGGUUCACUCUAAUGAAGGACAUAGUCAAUCUCGAGGCGGUAGACCUCGUCACCACAGCAGACAACAAAAAGCCCAUGGGCGGCAGGCGGUUCAAAGGCAACGACCGUUUUGUUGUGCAUGACCUGCUGGAGGUUGAAGAGGAGGCCAAAGCAAAUGACCCCACUCUUGGUGAUGGCCAAGAACAGGACGCUGAUACAGCCUGUUUACAAAUGUCCAUGGGGCUACUCACACCCCUUCCCAUUCCCGAUGGUCCCGGGGAGUCCGUCUCCAUCGACUUCACCGGCAUGGGAAAGGUAAGUAAGAAUGGCUACUCACAAGUCAUGGUGAUUGUUGACCGAUUCUCUAAGUUUCUCAAUCUGAUCCCUUUGUCGCCGCACGCAGCAACAGAAUUAGUGAUUCAUGAGUUCCAACAAAAGUACAUUCUGCAGUUCGGGACCUCGAAGACUCUCGUAAGCGAUCAGGACCCGCGCUUCAUUAGUACUGAAUGGAAGGACUUCACAUCUCAUCUGGGGAACAGGCUGUGUAUGACAUCUGGCCGACACCCGGAAGCCAACGGUUUGGCUGAAGAAAUCAACCAGACUGUGUUCCAACUUGUCCGCGCUUUGAUUAUCCCGGAUCAGGAAACAUGGGAUGAAGAGUUGUAUUCCGUUAGGGGGUUGUACAACAACUCCAUCCAUUCUGCCACCGGCAUGACACCUAACAGGCUGCAUCUCGGUUGGCAGAUCCGUAAUCCGCUCUCCUACCUAUUCCCUGAGCAGCCAGCUGGCUUAACACCCCGCAGGCCUGGCUUCAGGGCCAAGUAUGAUCGCUUGCUCAAGGUUGCCAUUGCAGCCAUGACCAAGCGACAACACACCAUGAUCCAUCACGCGAACAAGAGGCGCCGACCGUCGGACAUUCAGGUGCGAAGCUAUGUCUGGGUCAAGAUGUCUGAAUUCUCAGAACAAGAAGGGGUCUCUCCUGAACUUCUCGCACUCUAUCACGGACCGUGGGAAGUUUUGGAUGUGAUUGGCGAAGACCACUUUGGCCCUUCGUACGUAGUUGAUGUGCCAACCCAUCUGCGCACAUACCCCGUGUUCCAUGCAUCGAAAUUGUACCUCCACCGUGAUGCUAAGACGUUUGACUAUCGUGAAGACAUGAUCCCUCGUCCGAUCAAAGGCGGGCAUGAGAUAGACAAAUUCAAACAGCAUAUCAGUACUCCUGUCUACUACGACGAUAACGACGACGAAGAUACACGUUUGCAAGCGCCAGGUGGCGCCAGGAUACCGAUCCCGACACAUGUGCUGACGUGGCAGUUGGGAUACCAGCCGGGAUCGCGACUGAAGGUCGUGACAGUCUGCGGACGUGGCAUAAGAUGUGCCACGUCCCAGGAUCUGGUUGCUGACGUGGCAAGUAUCGUUGCGUUCGUCGCUGACAUGCGAUCAAAUCCUGAGCAAGAGCUGACGUGGCUCUUGGAGGAGCUUAUUGCUGACGUGGCAGGAGAGGAUUACCGCACUUAGGCGGAAGCCCACGUCCGGAGUCAAUUUGACUUGGAAGCAGCACAUGCUGCUCUCGAGGCAGCUGAGACGAGCACUGACGUCAUUCAAGUUCAGGAGAUACUUAUCAAGUGUCGUCAGACACUCGAUAAGUACAUUAUGGACCAGUUUAAUGAGAUUGCUAAUGGAAGUGAAAAGAAAGAAGUGCCUGUGACUGAGGAAACCGUGGCUUUCUCUACUCCUUGCUUAGGGGGGGAGGCUAAGGAAUGGGUUUUGGUCGAAGCCAACGCAGCUGGGUUCGAUGCCAUUGGGGACUGGGCUGGGACAAUGACGCUGAAGCAGUUCCUUGGAAAGAUCAAGGAACGCUUCUUGGACAAGACCACGACUGAUAAGGCCUUCGACCAGCUCACAACCAUUGGUCAGAAACAUUGGACCUUGGUGGAAGCCCUGUCUCGGGAGGUUGACCGGUUGCUGCAGGUUCCAGKAUUGAACMUGCAAGACAACCAAGUCUUGUACRUAUACUCCCGUGCUCUGCCCGAGCCCAUCCGGGGACAGCUCGUGGCAGAUUCAAAAUCUGGCAAAUAUAAUUAUAGGCAGUUCCGUGAUUUGGCUCUCCAAAGAGAGCAAAUGACAUCUCAGGUUAAAAACAUGUAUGCAUCUGUUGUGAAGUAUGGUGGUGGUGCAGGUGCAGGCAAGCGAGUACUCUGGCACCAAAAGCGUCAGGAUCACACCCUCAAAGACGACGAUACUGUGGAGAAGUGGUCGUUGGAGGCCGAGGGUGUAACGAGCAGCAGUGAGUCCGGAAAGGGGGACGUCACUGCUUCCAUGGUCAAUAAGGGAGGACCACGACCGCCAGGAAAAAAAAGGAGACCGCGCUCGUUCCCGAAGCAUCCCAGCAUUGCGGUCGGGAAGCCCUCGGAGAAGAUGGAUAUGUACCAAAAGACUUGGCAAGAACGGAUGGACGAUGCGCAGUGCCUAAAAUGUGGAACUGCGGGGCAUGUGAUUGCAUGGUGCCCGUUAAUCCGGAACCCAAAAGCGAGCCGCCAGUAGGAGUAGCAUCUGCUCCUACUGAGUUGAAGGGUUUAGAUGAUGAGAAAGGUAAGGCGCCUACUAACCCUUUCAACCCUUCGACUCGCAUGGCAGAGGAUGUAUCUUCUCCAGCCCAUCGUCCAGAACACCCUGAACCUGUCUUAUGUACCGUCUCUCUGGACGACUCCCUUGACGAGCUUGGUAACAAAUUGCUGGCAUUACG